AUGCAAGUGAUGUACCUCCAAAGGUAUUGGGAGGACCUUGCCUGGGCCAGCAGCUUUUACAGCCGCUAUUUCAUCACGUUUGGCCCUUUCUAUGGAAUCUUCGGAACCAUGGUGUUCAUAUAUUUAGUCAAGUUUCUUGAAAGUCCCUGGAUUGCAUAUGUCACCCAGAUGAGCCACAUACCAAUGAAAAUGAGCAGAGAGGAGAACAAGGACUGGCUUAGCACUCAGGUCUUGGCCACCUGUAAUGUUGAACAGUCCUUUUUCAAUACUGACUGGGUCACUGGGCACUUGAACUUUCAAAUCGAGCACCAUCUGUUCCCCACAAGGCCGCGCCGUAAUUAUCACAAGGUGGCACCUCUGGUGAGAUCACUGUGUGCAAAGCACGGGCUGCAGUAUGUGAAUAAGCCCAUGUUGAAGGCAUUUGGAGACAUUGUCGGAGCCUUGAAGAAAUCCGCAGCCCUCUGGAUGGAUGCUUACUACACCCAUCCAGAAACAUGA